CCAAAACGACGCCACUCGGCCUUGUCUCUCGGUCACUCAGAGCCGUGGCCUCACUCUCGUCCACCGGGGCAGAGAAGGAUGAGCCUCUCGUCCCUCGCCAUCUCUAACCACCACCGCGCCUCCAUCUCCGCCUUGCGACGCCGCCAUUUGGCCGUCCCCAGGCCUCCCUCUCCUGAUCACUUCUCCUCGUCCGUGCAUUUCCCAACCGCGGUCGGAGCAAAGCCUCAUGGCCCGUCCCGGAAAUCGCUCCGCCGGUGCAUCCUCGGCUCCGGCGGCGGAGCUCUCGCGCAGGACGCCGGAGCCACCGCGGCAGUGCUCGCUGGAGCUUACUCUCUCGUCUUCACGUUCGACAAGCUCACCCAGCGAAACCUCAUCCAACAGAGUCUGAGCAGAAAAUUGGUCCACAUAUUGUCCGGGUUGCUUUUCAUGGCCUCAUGGCCUAUCUUCAGCAACUCCAUGGCGGCUCGCUACUUUGCUUCUUUGGUGCCCCUAACGAAUUGCUUAAGGCUCGUCGUUAAUGGGUUCUCAUUGGCUACUGAUGAAGGACUUGUGAAGUCCGUCACCCGAGAAGGAAAUCCACAGGAAUUGUUAAGAGGCCCAUUAUACUAUGUUUUGAUACUGAUUUUAUGCGCUAUUGUCUACUGGCGCGAAUCCCCAACGGGGGUGAUCUCAUUGGCGAUGAUGUGUGGUGGGGAUGGUAUUGCUGAUAUAAUUGGGAGGAGAUUUGGAUCCCAAAAGCUUCCUUAUAACCGAAAAAAGAGUUGGGCCGGUAGUGUAUCCAUGUUCAUAUGCGGUUGUGUAAUAUCGAUGGGGAUGCUCCAUUACUUCUCAUCUCUUGGGUAUUUCCAGUUGGACUGGACAAUGACAUUGCAGCGGGUCGCAUUGAUCUCUUUGGUGGCGACGGUAGUGGAGUCUCUUCCAAUCACAGAGGUGCUCGACGACAACAUAUCUGUUCCUUUGUCAAGCAUGCUAAUGGCAUUCUGGAGUUUUGGGUAUUAGUUUCUCUUCCUGCUUUCGUUUCUUCAAUGCGAAUCUGAAGUGCACUCAAGGUCUCUGUGCAACUGUUUCGAGAGGAAGGAGACCUGGUUAAUGGGCUGAACAUGUCGGACCAGGCCCAUAUGAAAUGUAGUAAACCGGUAAUCGAACCUGUUCCCCUUUGCUUGGGCCGUUCAGUGUAGAAUUAGAUGUCAUGGUCAAGCC